AUGAGCCAUCAUGACGAACGGAGCGCGGCGUCUUCGAGGCCGUGGCCGGAGAUGGCUCUGCGCAUUGCGAAUCUCGCUCGCCCAGAAUCUCGGACGCCCCGGCUGCGGCGUCGGUGCUCCGGCGCGACGGCGGGAGCCAUGAGCGCGGCCACGGCGAGCUGCGUCGUCUUCGCGCAGUCGGUGGCGGCGUACGGCGUAGAGGUCGUCGAGGACAGCUCGUCGGAGCGCGGCCGCCGCCUGGUCGCCCAGCGGGGAUUCGAGGCGGGGGACCUGGUGCUGGCCAACGCCCCGUUCAGUCUCGCGCCGUUCUUCGGCGCCGAGCGAUGCCACUACUGCCUGGACAAGACGGUCCAGUCAGGCGACGCGGUCCGAUGCUCGGGUGCGACACACGACCCGGAGCGCGGCCCCGCUCACGCCGCUCCUGCGUUGUGCCGAGGCGCGCGCCCGGCCGCACCGUCGCGGCACGACGUCACCCCGCAGCGCGCCCGCCCCGCCACAUGCAGACUGCGGCAUCGUCCCGUACUGCUGCAAGGCCUGCGCCGCCGCGGACGCCGCCGGCCCCCACGGGGGACCCGAGUGCCGCGCCUUUCGCGCUGA